CCGGCCUCGGGGCUGGCGGGCUGAGGGGAGAAAAGAUGGCGGCAGCGGCGGCGGCUGGCGCGGCCUCCGGGCUGCCGGGUCCGGUGGCACAAGGACUGAAGGAAGCGUUGGUGGAUACGCUCACGGGGAUCCUGUCCCCGGUGCAGGAGGUGCGGGCGGCUGCCGAGGAGCAGAUUAAGGUGCUGGAGGUGACGGAGGAAUUUGGUGUUCACUUGGCAGAGCUGACUGUAGAUCCCCAGGGGGCACUGGCAAUCCGUCAGCUGGCGUCAGUCAUCCUGAAGCAGUAUGUGGAGACUCACUGGUGUGCUCAGUCCGAGAAGUUCAGGCCUCCUGAAACGACAGAAAGGGCAAAAAUUGUCAUCCGGGAACUGUUGCCCAAUGGCUUGAGAGAAUCAAUAAGCAAAGUGCGCUCCAGUGUGGCCUAUGCAGUAUCAGCCAUUGCCCACUGGGACUGGCCUGAAGCCUGGCCCCAGCUCUUCAACUUGCUCAUGGAGAUGUUGGUGAGCGGAGACUUAAAUGCUGUCCAUGGAGCCAUGCGUGUGCUGACAGAAUUCACUCGAGAAGUGACAGACACACAGAUGCCACUUGUUGCUCCUGUCAUUCUCCCAGAGAUGUAUAAGAUCUUCACCAUGGCUGAGGUGUACGGUAUUCGAACCCGUUCCCGCGCUGUGGAGAUUUUUACCACUUGUGCUCAUAUGAUCUGUAACAUGGAGGAGCUGGAAAAGGGGGCAGCCAAAGUCCUGAUCUUCCCCGUGGUGCAGCAGUUCACAGAGGCCUUUGUUCAGGCCCUCCAGAUACCAGAUGGCCCCACGUCUGACAGUGGGUUUAAAAUGGAAGUCCUGAAGGCAGUGACAGCCCUGGUGAAAAACUUCCCAAAGCACAUGGUGUCCUCCAUGCAACAGAUUCUGCCUAUUGUUUGGAACACCUUAACCGAGAGUGCAGCUUUUUAUGUGAGGACAGAAGUAAAUUAUACAGAGGAAGUAGAAGAUCCUGUGGAUUCUGAUGGUGAAGUCCUGGGCUUUGAAAAUCUCGUCUUUAGCAUAUUUGAAUUUGUCCACGCCCUACUAGAAAAUAGCAAAUUCAAAAGCACUGUUAAGAAAGCCUUGCCUGAGUUGAUAUACUAUAUAAUCUUGUAUAUGCAAAUCACUGAGGAGCAGAUUAAAGUAUGGACAGCCAACCCGCAGCAGUUUGUAGAAGAUGAAGAUGAUGAUACCUUCUCCUAUACCGUUAGAAUUGCUGCUCAGGACCUGUUGCUGGCCGUGGCCACAGAUUUCCAGAAUGAGAGUGCAGCAGCCCUGGCGGCUGCAGCCACUCGACAUUUACAGGAAGCGGAGCAAACCAAAAGCAGUGGCACUGAGCACUGGUGGAAGAUCCAUGAGGCAUGCAUGCUUGCCCUGGGUUCAGUGAAAUCCAUCAUCACGGACAGUGUGAAAAACGGCAGGAUCCAUUUUGACAUGCAUGGGUUCCUGACCAACGUCAUCCUUGCAGACCUCAACCUCUCAGUUUCUCCUUUCCUCUUGGGCCGGGCACUCUGGGCUGCCAGUCGGUUCACCGUUGCUAUGUCCCCUGAACUGAUCCAGCAGUUCCUACAGGCAACAGUUAGUGGUCUUCAUGAGACACAACCCCCCUCAGUUCGAAUUUCCGCUGUGAGAGCCAUCUGGGGUUACUGUGACCAGCUGAAAGUCUCAGAGAGUACCCACGUGCUGCAGCCCUUCCUCCCCAGCAUCCUUGAUGGCUUGAUUCACCUGGCAGCCCAGUUCAGCUCAGAGGUCCUCAACCUGGUGAUGGAAACCUUGUGCAUUGUGUGUACAGUAGACCCAGAAUUCACAGCAAACAUGGAGAGCAAAAUCUGCCCCUUCACCAUCGCCAUCUUCCUGAAGUACAGUAAUGAUCCUGUUGUCGCCUCACUGGCUCAGGACAUCUUCAAGGAGCUGUCCCAGAUCGAGGCCUGUCAGGGCCCAAUGCAGAUGAGGCUCAUUCCCACUCUGGUCAGCAUCAUGCAGGCGCCGGCAGACAAGAUCCCUGCAGGGCUCUGUGCGACAGCCAUUGACAUCCUGACCACGGUAGUGCGGAACACGAAGCCGCCGCUCUCCCAGCUCCUCAUCUGUCAAGCUUUCCCUGCCGUGGCUCAGUGCACCCUUCAUACAGACGAUAACGCCACCAUGCAGAAUGGUGGAGAGUGCUUGCGCGCCUAUGUGUCAGUGACGCUGGAGCAGGUGGCCCAGUGGCAUGACGAGCAGGGCCACAAUGGCCUGUGGUACGUGAUGCAAGUGGUGAGCCAGCUCCUGGAUCCCCGCACCUCGGAGUUCACCGCCGCCUUUGUGGGCCGCCUCGUCUCCACCCUCAUCUCCAAGGCAGGGCGGGAGCUGGGGGAGAACCUGGACCAGAUCCUCCGCGCCAUCCUCAGCAAGAUGCAGCAGGCCGAGACGCUCAGCGUCAUGCAGUCUCUGAUCAUGGUGUUUGCUCACCUGGUGCACACUCAGCUGGAACCGCUCUUGGAGUUCCUGUGUAGCCUCCCUGGCCCCACUGGCAAACCUGCCCUGGAGUUUGUGAUGGCUGAGUGGACGAGCCGGCAGCACCUCUUCUAUGGACAAUACGAAGGCAAAGUCAGCUCUGUGGCGCUCUGUAAGCUCCUCCAGCAUGGCAUCAACGCAGACGACAAACGGCUGCAGGACAUCCGCGUGAAGGGCGAAGAGAUCUACAGCGUGGACGAGGGCAUCCGCACCCGCUCCAAGACGGCCAAAAACCCAGAGCGCUGGACAAACAUUCCUCUGCUGGUCAAGAUCCUGAAAUUGAUCAUCAACGAGCUCUCCAACGUCAUGGAGGCCAACGCUGCUCGCCAGGCCCCUCCUGCAGAGUGGAGUCAAGAUGACUCCAAUGAUAUGUGGGAGGACCAGGAGGAGGAAGAAGAAGAGGAAGAGGAUGGCUUAGCUGGCCAACUUCUGUCUGACAUUCUUGCUACAAGUAAAUACGAGGAGGAUUACUACGAGGACGAUGAGGACGAUGACCCCGACGCCCUUAAGGAUCCUCUCUAUCAGAUCGAUCUGCAGGCCUAUCUCACAGACUUCCUCUGCCAGUUCGCCCAGCAGCCCUGCUACAUGAUGUUCUCAGGCCACCUUAAUGACAACGAGAGGCGGGUUCUACAGACCAUCGGCAUCUAAACGGGAGCUUGCCACACGUGCUUCUCCUCCUGGCCCAGCCACAGACCAUUUUGCAGCCCUCGGUGGCCUUGAGAUGCACUUCUCAACCUGGAGCGGCUUCCUGACCCUCGGCCUUGGCCUCUGCAGAGUGACACUGACGACUCAGACCAAGCCCACAGUGUUGUCACGUAGGAGUGCUGGGACAGAGGGCACUUCUCAAAGUCCCCCGAAGAUGACCCAUCUUCAGAACCUUUCUCCUUCCCAGCUCUGCCCCCGCUCUGUCCCUAGGGUCCUCUGCUGGCCACUCCAGGGCCGUUACUGCCCUGACGGAUUCCGUGUCCAUGGAUUAUUCUGCCCCACUGCAGGAGCACAGGAAGUCACGACCAUUUACGUUCUAGAACAGACUGGUGUACUUUCAUAGGACAUCUGAUGUGUCUGGAUAGGAGUCCCCCCGAGACAUCACCGGGUUUCUGCACUCAGGCCAAGCAGGAGCCAGCAGGAGCAGCAGCGUCUAAGCCCUCCCUCCCACAACACUAACGCUCCUCCGUGAAGGGAGUCAUCUUCUUGUUUUGCUUCAUGCAUGACGCAGCCACUGCCCCCAAGCUGUUCCUAUAUAUACACGCACACACACGGCAUCAGCCAGACAGAUGGCAAUUUUGUUUUUCCUUUUUUAGAAAAAAACAUGGGGAAAAAGGAUUUUUUUAAAUCCACCUGGUCCAACUGUAUUUAAUAUGCCUCUCCCACACUUCCUACAGUCUGAUAGUCAAAGGUUAUCUUCCCCUCGCCCUCAGGAAUCCUCUAACGUUAAGUUGUAGCCCUCAAAUUUGCAAUGUGUAUUUUUCUAGGACAGUAAAGUAAUCUUUACAAAUGCAUUCAGUCCACAUGUAUAAGGUGUCUAAGCACCUCUUUGCCUUGUAUCCCCUUUAGAAGGAAAGUAGAAGAAGGAAACAGGACUGGGUGGAGCCUGUGUAACAUUUUCAUGUGUUUGGCAAGCCUAGCUCUGAACGAUUCUUAGAGAACUGGCCUUGUUCAGUAAGAUCUUUUUAGACAUUCCCUUAACUGAGAAAUGCAGCCUGCUAUGGGUUUAAAGACUAGAAGAGGAUACACAGCCCAGGAGGGGAGGCGAAGCCCGCGCCUGGUGCCCUGUGUCUCAGUAGCCACAGGGUUGUGUUUAGGCAGUGUUUUCGCUGAGAGGAGAAACACAAAGUGCGUCUGAGCCCACACCACUGUGGGGUGGUCCCCCGGAGAGCUCCACGGAAAGAAACCCAAGGACGUUGUAGCUGGAAAAGACUGCGUGCCACUAGGUGUCCCUGCUGUCCAGCCUCACGGCCGAGCCGGUCAUGCUCCAGGCAUCUGGCUGCAGAGCCCUGAAGGUGCAUGUGCACGCCUAUGGCUGUGUGCCACCCCGCCCCAGCGCAUCCUGAGUCGGGGACUCGCUGAUGAUGGGUGAACAGUGGCAGCUCUGGCCAGGUGGUGCUCAGAAAACCCCAGCACGGGCUUUGGUCUCAAGGCGGUGCCAGUUGAGUUUGGUGCUGACAAAAAUCAUUCCACGGUGUCCGGCCAACCUGGUUUAAAAAGGCACAAAAAGAUGAUCUUGGCCAGCAGUGUUGCACUGCUGAGCUUGGGGAGGCCUGGGGCUCCGGGUCCCUAUGGGCCUGAUUGCUAGAAAGAACAGCCUGUAUCUAGUGCCACAGUGGCCCCAAGUCCCUUGGUAAGGUCCUCCCUUCUCAUGCUGGUUUUGUGGGACAGACUGGGCCUCCUGGCUGAGAGGAGAACUCCAGUCUGGAGAAAAGGUCCUAGUACCCGCUGGGUGGCCGCCCCUGGCCAGCAGACUAGCUGUGGUUGAGAGCGGAAGGUCUGGAGCCCUUGGCGUGCCGAAGCUUGCUUCCAGAGCAUUCCUCGGGCAGCCCAUGGACCCUCCACAGCGCUGUGUCUGUUCUGUUGGCAGUGAAGAGUUCAGAGGCUGUCCAGCGCGAGCAGGAAGAAAAGAUCUCCUGGGGGCCUGUGGUGGUGACCGAGUUGAACUUGAGCUCCCAUUCUGUCUCCUGUCUUGACCUGAAGAAACUAGCUUGCGUCUGGAAAGGGCAAGGCUAACUGGUCGGGGCCUGGAGUUGAAGAGCGUGCCUACAGCGCCGGCACGCUGCAGGGCUCCCUCCCAGCUGAACCUCGGCCCGGGGCUGCCCAAGACUCUGAAUGCAGAAUUGAAGAGACACGAGAAGACUGGAAGGCAGAUAAAGGCCCGGGAAAGGGAGCUGUGACCACAGACCAUGGACCUGUAAGUGACGCUGGUUGGGAAGUAGGGACCUACCCCCAAAGACUCCAGAUCGGGGUAAUGACGAGGUUCCUUGCACUUCUAAAAGAUACUCAUUGCUUAAGAGCAAGUGAUGCCAAACCAGCCUUAUGGUGUUUCAUCUCACUAACUAGGUAACAGCGUAGUAAAGCAGUCGGUAACUCAAGCUGCAGGUCGGCCUGCUGUGGAGUGACUUCUGAUAAUGUGGUGUCCCAGGGCUCCGUCCUGGCCCUCUGACAUAUAUGAGGAUUAAUUAGCAACAUCUUUUAUGCCUUACCCAUUCCAGAAAAGAACUUGAAGUCAUUUACAGAAGAAAUAGUGCUAGAUAGUACUGCUUAGACGCUGGGGUAGCAGGAAACCUCGGGGAAGUAUGACGAGUUAGGAUCCACGCUAUAGACGAGUAGUCUGUAAGGGUGAGGGCGUUCAGCACAUGCGGGGUGACAGUGCCAUCUGCGAGAGCUGUGCUCUCACAGCAUCGCGUGCCUCUAGUUUAGCGUCUGUGAGGCCAGGAACCAUGAACAUGUCCAAGAAACGCCUGUGUGGCACAGUAGAAGCAGGUGCUCUGGGGGGGCGUGGAGGGUCUUCCGUCUUCCUGGGCCUGCCGGCCCUCCCCGGUGCUGUGGCCAUGGAGGGGCUGCCUGAGAGAGCAGGUGCCCUCUGCAGAGGAGAGCAAGCACAGAGCAUCCAAGUUGUGUCAGGGCGAGAAGCUGAGACUGCUCAGCUUAGAGACCAGGGGUCGCAGGACACUGCUUUGGGAAUUAGAGGACUGCCCAGUGAGGGACGCCACCUCUCCCCAGCCAGGCGGACCCGUAACCUGUAAGCAGACAAUAAACACAAGGCCGAUUUCUGGCUGCUCUGUUUCUUUUCCAUCUCAGUGAAGCUUAAACUACUUAAAGACGUGCACAGCCCGUGCUAGGUGCUGGAGAGGUUCAGCCACCUUCCUGCAGGAGCUGGUCUCUUAGGGUAUGACACGCGAGGGCUGCCACGCGGGAAACAGGCACUGUGUUCAGUUCCUGCUGAAGAUGGGGGGGGGGGGCAGGAACCAGGCGAGGCUGCCUGGAGGAGGCAGCCCUUGCAAUGAGUGCUCACAGGGGGCCAGCAGUACCUAGAGGCACCUGCUGCUUCUGCCAUCUCAGAGCACCUACCGACCUUCCGAAUAGGCCGUCGUCGGGGCUGGAAAGGGAGCCAGGUGUGCACCUUACAAUGCGCCUGGGAGCUGGGCGACAGGGAUGCCAGGUGGUGGCCGCUGCAGUGUCCAGAUGGGACAGAGCUUGGGCUGAGGAGGUGACCAGAGGGGUGGAGUGGGAGAGAGGGGUUGGUGCGCUGUUGAGGUGGAGUCGUGAGGACAGAGAGGAAAGAUUUUCCACAGGGGCAGCCGGGGAGGCGCCCAGGCCGGGGCGGACGUUCAGGGAGCCGUCAAGGCUGUGACAGCCGCCGUGCAAAGCCCUGGUCUUCCCCACACUGCCAGGAUUCUAGAAACAAAGCAGCAAGAGGAAUGGUUAAUAAAACCCCCAAACUUGGAAAGACUUCUUUCACCAAGAGAUGGUGCCGAUCCACGUGAGCCGUCUAACGAGGACCCUCACAUUCCAAGUUUUUUACUUUUUUUAGUAACUGAAAACAGGCUGGUGUAAAUGACUCCAUCUUUUACACUCCUGUGAAAUUCAUGACUUCGUAGCACGUGUGCGGGGGCGGCCAAAGGAGCCCCUGGGCCGCCUGGGACGUCCCCUGGGGUCCGCAGUCACUCUGACUUGGCGGUGACCACCCAGCUGGAAGAUGCGGGGGCCCAGGUUGAGUGCCGUGGCCCCCAGCCUUGCCGUCCUCGUCCAUCCGUGACUCGGGGAGCUAACACCUACCUCACUAGAUUACAGUUAGAAUUAAAGGUGACUCGGAGGCGCCGCCAUCGGUGAGCAGUGGCCCAGCACACCCCUGGAGCCGGGGGCUAUAUUUGGCCAUCUCCCUGACUCUGGGUUUAACGGUGACUCAACUCCCUUUCACAGAUGCUGCUGCUAAAUCAGGGAUCGGUGAGGCUGGGCCCGGCGCGGCGGCCCUGCUGGGCUGCAGGAGAGGUGGCUGGGGGUGGCCCAGCUCCUGCACAUGUGGGCGCUGUGGGCGCGGCCUGCGCGCUCCUGCUCUGUCCAUCUGCUUCCCGAGGUGGUUCCCCCAGCGAUCCCGAGAACCAUGCUGAACUGUUUUACAUGUCCUUGCCUGAGGCGGUGCAGGGCGGACAGCAGGACACUUAGGACAGCCGCGCUUCUGGACCCAGCGGUGACCACUCCAGGGGAGCUGAGCCUGU